AGAGUCAAGUCCAAACACGUGGUCCUCCAAAAAGAAUGAGUCCAAGCCCGUAACGUUGCGGAGAAACGGGCCGAGUACCUCAUCAACAACAUACGGAGUAUACGGUCUGUAAUUAGAUUUGGCACGUGAUAGAUUUGCGAAAAGUCAAAAUGCGCCCAAUCAAAUCAAAGACCGUUCGUGUUCUUUGACUUCCACACUCCCAUUUAGUCACCCCCGUCCCGUCCUGCCCAUCUGCAUUCCUUCAACUCCCCUGCUCGCUAGCUCCCAUCCAUGGCUUCUCCGAUCACCGUCGACUCCCGCAGCGGCUUCUGCAAGUCCAACUCCACCUUCUACAGCAAGCGUAGCCCCAUUGCUCUCCCAAAUACCGACUCCAUCGAUGUCACCACCUUCAUUUCCUCCCGGGCACACCACGGCAAGGUUGCCUUCAUCGACGCCGCCACCGGCCGUCAGCUCAGCUACUCCGAUGUAUGGAGAGCCGUGGAAUCGGUGGCGUCGUCCCUCUCUUCCGACAUCGGCGUCCGGAAGGGUGACGUUGUCCUCGUGCUUUCCCCCAAUUCCAUAUUCUUCCCCGUCGUCUGCCUCGCCGUCAUGUCCCUCGGCGCCGUUAUAACCACCACUAACCCGCUCAACACGAAGGGGGAGAUCGGAAAACAGAUCGCCGAUUCGAAACCGGUUCUCGCCUUCACCGUCCCUCAACUCCUCCCGAAACUCGCCGAUUCGAAUCUCCCGAUCGUGCUCAUCGGGGAAGAGUCCGGUUCUUCAACCGCCGGCCUCCGGAUCGUGAGUACCCUGGAAGCGAUGAUGAACAGGCCGCCGGGUCAGACCCGAAUCAAAGAGCGGGUCACUCAGGACGACACCGCGACUCUACUGUACUCCUCCGGCACCACCGGGGCCAGCAAAGGCGUCGUCUCCUCGCACAGAAACCUCAUCGCGAUGGUCGAGAUUGUGGACGGGCGGUUCAAGAGAUCAGGGGAGGAAUCCGAGACCGAAACCUACAUAUGCACUGUUCCGAUGUUUCACAUCUACGGAUUGGCCGUCUUCGCCACCGGGCUGUUGGCUUCGGGAUCGACGAUCGUUGUCCUAUCCAGAUUCGAGAUGGACGAAAUGCUAUCUUCGAUCAACAGAUACAGGGCGACGUACCUCCCGCUGGUGCCGCCGAUUCUGAUGGCGCUGAUCAACAACGCGGACGCGAUCAAGAGGAAGUACGAUCUGAGCAGCCUGAAGAAGGUGCUCUCCGGCGGCGCGCCGUUGAGCAAGGAGGUGAUCGAGGGGUUCGCGGAGAAGUACCCGGCGGUGACCAUUCUGCAGGGGUACGGAUUGACGGAGUCCACCGGCAUCGGGGCGUCAACUGACUCGUUGGAGGAGAGCCGGAAGUACGGAACGGCGGGAUUGCUGUCACCGAGCAUGGAGGCGAGGAUUGUCAACGCCGAUGAUGGGACGCCUUUGCCCGUCAACCGGACUGGGGAGCUCUGGCUAAAAGGGCCCUGCAUUAUGAAGGGUUACUUAAGUAACGAGGAAGCUACGGCGUCGACGGUGGAUUCAGAAGGGUGGUUGAGGACUGGGGAUUUAUGUUACAUCGAUGAAGAUGGCUUCAUAUUUGUGGUGGAUAGACUCAAGGAGCUCAUCAAAUACAAAGGCUACCAGGUUCCUCCUGCGGAGUUGGAGGCUCUAUUGCUCACACACCCAGAAGUUGAUGAUGCUGCUGUUAUACCGUUUCCGGACAAGGAUGUUGGGCAGUUCCCCAUGGCAUAUGUGGUUCGUAGAAGUGGGAGUUGUAUCUCAGGAAACCAACUCAUGGACUUCAUUGCCAAGCAGGUUGCUCCUUACAAACGCAUCAGGCGGGUGGAGUUCAUAGAUUCCAUCCCGAAGAAUCCUUCAGGCAAGAUACUAAGGAAAGAUCUCAUCACCCUCUCCGCCUCCAAAUCUUCCAAGCUAUAAUAAUAUUUAAAGCCCUUCAAAUUGAUAUAUCUUCCUACUCGCGGUGGCGGCUUGAUGAUUUAUGUUCUGGUUUCUUCGAGUUUAUAUUUGUUUCAGAUCGAGCGUUUUGUAUUUCCCCCGGCUCUGUCUCUCUUUUUUUUUGACAAACAAUUUUACAAACAAACAACCUUUUAUUAGAAUAAAGGGGUAUUCAAAUU